UCACGAUCUUUCGUAGAAGUCGGCUGGCAGUGGAAUCCAACAAACACCAUGAUCGCCUAGAUUGAUUCCUCUCUAUCUCUUUUAUAGAUCACCACUUCUUUUUUCUCCUCAUGCAUCAUCUUCUGCAAGCUGAAACCAUGCUACCUUUCACACAUCGAUCCUUUCUGCUAUAUCAUUCCCAGAUCGCUUUAGCAAAUUGCAGCAUGGUACACCGAUGGGAUGACAAAGACCAACCGAUGAACUGCAGUGAUGGAACUGAAAUAUGUGGGUAUGAUGUCACAUUCCUGCCUUUGAGCCCCAAGCAUCUCUUUAAAGCCAUUGCUAGUAGGCGCAUGCAGCUGAUAAAUUCCGAGGCGCCGUCAGCAUAGACAGAUCUGAGAGAGGAGAUUGGAUGAAGGCAAGUCAAAAGGCAACCCACUUUUUGCUGACCAUAUCAUUCAUCACUCAAGAGGUUCCAGAUUUAGAGAAUAAGUCGGCAGAUAUAUUCACUAUGCAAUCGAUCCACUUGCCCUUGUGAAGGCUCAAAGGGUGGAAGAUCUUCAACAUUUGCACUGAUGAGUACUCGGUCUACACUCUCUAGUGCAAAAGUAGAUUCCAGUUCCUAUGGAGCCUGGAGUUUUGAGUGGGUGCUCCAAUCAUUUAGCUGCUGUAUAAAUGGGCACCUCAUCUUCCAAUGCCAUCACAGGAAGGACCAUCCGAGUCUCCCUCUCUCUCUCUCGUUCCCACCCUCUCCUCUACCACUGCCAGUAGCUCUUCUCGUCACUAAUCAUGUCAAGGGAUCCGCUUGUUGUAGGCAAUGUCAUAGGUGAUGUCUUGGACCCAUUCGUCAAGUCCGCGACGCUGAGGGUGAUCUACAACAACAAGGAGCUGACCAAUGGAUCCGAGCUCAAGCCGUCGGCGGUGGAGAAUGAGCCGAGAGUCGAGAUCAGAGGCCGCGAUAUGAGGAACCUUUAUACGCUAGUCAUGGUGGAUCCAGAUGCACCAAGCCCCAGCAAUCCAACCGAAAGAGAGCACCUGCAUUGGUUGGUGACAAACAUACCAGAAACAAAGAACACCAGCUUUGGCAAUGAAAUUGUUUGCUAUGAGAGUCCACGGCCGACAGCCGGAAUUCAUCGCUUUGUGUUUGUGUUGUUCCGGCAAUCGAUUCGGGAAACAAUCUAUGCACCUGGAUGGAGGCAAAACUUCAACACCAGGGAGUUUGCAGCACUUUACAACCUCGGGGAUCCUGUUGCUGCCAUGUUCUUCAACUGCCAGAGGGAGAAUGGUUGUGGUGGAAGAAGGUACCAAUCUGUCAGUGGAUGGACAUAAUGGUUUCCUGUGAACGGUCUAGAGGCUGGCUGAUACUCCUCCAAUGAGACUUAGACUGCAGCCAUGCAAAGAGUUAUAAAUGUACUAAUGUCUGUAGAUUUAAUGUUUUCCUGAGUUUACUCUCUGUCUAAGUUUGCAUCUCAUAUGCCAUAACUUUAGUGCCCAUAAGCAUGCUUUGUCUUCCUGAUUCAAACAACCGAAGAAGGUUGUGUUCCAAACAUGUGGUUAGCAAUUACUAAGGAAUUACUUGAUUGGCAUUUGCACAUGCCUAUGCA